AUGUCGGCAUCUUCAUCUGACGAAGUUUUCGAAGAAAGAUUUGACGAAGUUUUCGAAGAAAUCUUCGAAGAUACUUUCACCAACAUAGUCGAGGCCCAAACCAGUAACCAAAGGAGCCGUGCUUAUAUUGAACGAAACCGUGAAGGAGGACAAGACCGCUUAUGGAAUGACUACUUCAGCGAAGAUGCGACAUUCUCGUCACAAAUAUUCAGACGCCGCUUUCGCAUGAAUAAUGAUUUAUUGUUGCGUAUUGUCUAUGGGCUAUCCGAGAACUUUCCAUUCUUUCAGCACAGAAGAGAUGCAACGGGAGGUUCGUUAUUCGGAAAUGACUAUCUACGACGGCCCACACCGGAGGAUCUUCAACGACUACUCGAUAUUGGAGAAAAACGAGGGUUUCCUGGGAUGGUCGGGAGCAUUGAUUGUACCUUAAAUGAUAUCAAUGUCCUCGAUCGGUCUCCUGUGUUUGAUGACAUUUUUGAAGGUCGAGCUCCCAGGGUAAGGUACAUGGUCAACGGACACAGGUAUAAGUUGGCAUACUAUCUAACAGACGGACGAACCGGGGCAAUGUCUUCUUUCUCAUUUGACUACUGUUUUUUGGCUGAGGUCACUGCUUCUAAUCUAAAAGAAAACAAACUUUAUCUUCCUGUGGGAGCUACGAGUUCUACUGCUUUGCACAAACAAUGCAAAGAGACGAUACUGGUGAACAAAGAGGGAAAUUCAUGGAAUGUGAGUUUGCAAUUUAGCGAAUCAACCGGCAAGUAUUACAUCACAAGAGGCUGGAGAAAGUUCUGUCUCGAUAACAGAUGCGAGAUAGGAGACUUAUUUGCGUUCAAUGUGGUUGGAGAUGGGAAAACUACUCCAUUGAUGUGUGUAUGUCCGGAAAGAAAAGAGUGCUCUGAAAUACUGAGCAAAUACUUGAGCAGAACGAGUGGCGAGUCUUCAUUAGGUGGUCAUUUAUGA